UUGUGUCUGUAAGUGACUGAUAAAUGAGAUUGUCAGAUAGACUGAAUUAGAGACAGUACAUUGGGACAGCGUAGUUCCAACUGGUCAUGGGUCAUCGUGUUUUGAUAAUCCCGGUCCAACGAGGCUACUUGAUGUCGGAUCUUCAAGCGCCAUGAAAACUCCUUACUAUAUUCAAACCAAGUCCUCGGGGCGCUCUAGCCAUCUUGGAACUUGUUUACAGCACCCUUGUCGUAUUUCAUGGCACGACGGGACUUUUGGCCAAUGGAAAAGAUUGCAUCCAACAUUCUAACGCUAUUACUAGGACUACCGAAUUCUAGAGUUCACCGGAGAAAGGAUGUGUGAGUGCUCCGAUCUGAAACUUCCUUGCUUUCUGCGGUUACAGAUUGACGCAGUCCUUGUUUUCUCCGACGAAAGCACAAUAUAUAAAGUGAUUCUCGGUCUGUUCAUACAAGACAAGUCGUAUUCUACACAUCCCAUCUUCAAUACCACUUGCGCUUACCAUGGAUUUCGAAGGAGACGUGCUAGGUUACUGGGGUCGAAACAUCGUUGAAGAUUAUCACGGUGAUUUCCUCAAAAAGCUUCCCGAUGACCUCGCAUUCCCUCAGCUGCUUGCAGUGUCCCAGAGUGGUUCUCAACCUCAGACCUCACAGCCACCUCCGCUCCCUAGGGAUGGCCAUGGCGAGACGGGUACAGUCGGGAUUUUAGGUGCAGGGGUUGGUGGUCUAUAUACCGCCCUCAUGCUAGACUCGUUGAACAUCAAAUAUGAGAUCUUGGAGGCAUCGGACCGCACCGGCGGCCGCCUUUUCACCUACCAUUUCCCGAAUGGCAAAGAAUACGAUUACUACGAUGUUGGUGCCAUGAGGUACCCUCUGCCGAAGAAGGACGAUCAAGGCAAAUAUAAGGCCGGCGUUAUGAAGCGCUUGGGCGAGUUAAUCGACUACUCGAAGCUCAAUGACAGUAAUUUCCAGGAACCUCUAAAAUCCAAACUGAUCGAUUACUACUUCGCGGCAAAGGCAGGAGGCACUUUCAUGUACUUCAACAAUCAACGUUACCAAAUCUCUGGUACAUCGCAACCUCCCGACUUCAACGCCCAGGAAAUGAGAGUGGAGUCUGAGUACGUCAAUGCGGGAGUUGACAAGAUUAUCGCCGACGUCGUUACGCCAUUCGCCCACCUGAUCAUGAAGGACAUGGAGCAACAAACCGAAAAGGGCUGGGAAAUCAUGAAGGAGAACGACGUAUACUCGCUUCGCGCAUACAUGUCCUUCAAGUACAUUCCCAGUGUUAGCCUCGAACUCCCGCCCACGCACCUUCCCACCAAUGUCAUCAAUUGGUGCGAGACAUUCGACAAGAGCACUGGCUGGUAUGACCGCAGUUUAACUGAAACGGUACUUGAGGCACUGGCAUUCGCCAAGGUCGGGUCGCAGACCUUCGGAGACGUGGAAUGGAAGUGUUUUAGAGGCGGUUCUCAAGUGCUCACCAACUAUAUGACGGAAUACAUUACUGCUAAAGGCACCAAAUCAAAUCUAAUCCAAUUCAACAAGAGCGUUACGCGCAUCUCACAAGUUGGUACCAGCGCCAUGACGGUUUAUGUACGGGGCGAAUCUAACCCGCGCACAUAUUCACACGUCAUAUCGACUAUCCCUCUGGCGUGCCUGCGGACGAUUGACCUAUCCGUUGCUGGUUUAAAUCUGAUGCAGAGAAAUGCCUUGCGUAAGCUGCAGUACGGUCCUGCAAUCAAGAUUGGUAUGCGCUUCCUAUCAGCGUGGUGGACAGACCAGUUCGGUAUUGUAGGAGGCCAAUCAUUCACCGACCUUCCCAUCCGAACUAUCGUUUACCCCUCUUACGGAGUCGAUUCUAGCUCGCCGCCCACUUCGAUGAUCGUGAGCUACUGUUGGACAAAUGACGCAGAACGCUUGGGAGCGCUCAUCAACACCGGUAAAUCAGAGUACAAUGAGCAAUUGAAGGAACUCGCACUGCGCAAUCUCGCAGAAGUACACGGCCUCCCUUUUAGUUUCCUGUCGGAUCAGUUCGUGGACAUGUUUGCAUGGGACUGGAACCACGACCCGCUCACCAUGGGUGCCAAUGCGUUCUUCGGGCCUGGAGAUUUCCAGGAGUUAUACACGUCUCUCACUGUACCAAAUGCCAACAAGAGGUUGCAUAUCGCUGGAGAGGCCAUCAGCACCCGUCACGCGUGGGUCGUCGGUGCGUUGGACAGCGCAUGGCGUUCGGUGUACCAAUAUCUGCUCGCUUCCGGACAGCCUCAGGCCACUAUAGAUAAGUUCUUCGAGUUGUGGGGCGCGAACCUUGAGUGGGCACACCCAUCAUCCAACUUCGCCAAAGGAAAGCAUAACACCAUGUUACGGGCCCACAUGGGAUACACAUAUGCUGGUGAAACAUGUGGGGAGGUGAAGUUCUGAACAACGGAAGUAGUCCUUAGCUCGGUAACAUUGUAAGGAUUACCAAACGUUUACCGCCGGAAUAUGCCGAUACUCCUUUCACCACAACCACAACGUCAACGCCUGGACCGUUUGUCAAGCACGAUACCCGACCCCUUUUAUUAGCAUCUACCCUUUCAAUUCCUAUCACUCGCUAAACCCUUCCUUUCGUCAUUAUUCCUCCAUUCGUAACACCGCCGUCUUCACCCUGUCAACAACUCAUAUCAUUUCUCGCUACUCUAUCAAAUACAACGCCACUCCCUUCAGCCACCGCUUUCACCGACGGUACACUGAGCCCUU